AUGGGCGGAGAAUCUGAGCGACGAUCUGGUGAGGAUGGUCCUGGUGGAGCUCUGAAGGAUAUUGGUGACCAACUCCAACCAAAAAGUGAGGAUGAGGGACCGUAUGAGGAGCCGAGAUACUCCAAGAUCGAUGACAUGAGGCCGAAAUAUCAUCCUCCAGCGGACUCGACCGUGUCUGGUGUCAUGGAGACCGUGAAAACGUCGAAUAAUCACCAGAAGCAAAGCCCUGGAGUGAUUGGGCGUAUCACCCAGUCCCUGAACCCAUUCGGCUCUUCAGAUCCUUCUACAACUCCCGAGAAAGUGAAUGAGAAGUACCUGAGCCAGAAAUCAGAAACAUCAAGAGAAAAGAAACUUCAAAAGGAAGUAACCCAGUUACAAGCUGAGAAAACGUCUCUGAGCACAAGUCUCAACGAUUUGGCAAUCGAGUUUAAUUUACAAACCAAAGAUCUUGAUAGCAAAAAGCGUCUCAUCAAGCGAUGGGAGGACUGGAAAGAUGAGUCCGAUGAGCUCUGGCGCAAACGAGGAGAGGAACUCAGGAAAUCGAAAGCCGCUUAUGAUCGCUUGUUCGAUGACUAUCGCAAGCUCAAGCGGACAAAGGAAGAUCUUGAAACUGAGCUCGAUGAGGAAAGGGAUGUGAACAAGACUCUGAGGCAAGAUAUCAAGAACCAAGAGGGAGUAGUGACUGAGGCGCACUCCAGGGCUAUAUCACUACUGGCUGGUCAUGUCUCAAGCGAUUUUCCUGACGAUCAGGUUCGAACUGAACUGCAGGAUCUGUUUGAGAAGUGCUCUGAGUGGUGUAUGGACAAUCGCUUGCCACGGAUCACCAACGUCGAAGAGACGCGAAAACUCCUGCUAACCGAAGAUAUCGUCAACGAUCUAGAUUGCGAGGAGCAUCUACGAUUCGACAUGACGCACAGAACAGCCACAGCGAUAUUGCUACAAGCUGCACUGACAAAAAGACUUGUUCAGAUCUUUCUCGGCGAUCCAUUCUUUCUAGGCCAAAAUUGCUUGUACAAAACAGCCCUGCAAGGAGGCGCCAGCGCAGAAGCCACAGUGACGUGGAGGAUCCAGACUUGCCAAUACCUAGAGCAAGCAUUCCCCCCACACAAGCAAGCACUACAAACAUGUGCCGAGAAUUUCGCAAAGGCAUACCAACCCCUCAUCGAGCCCCUCGACAGAGAAAGCCUCACGCAGCUUACCAAGCUUUUCGAGACCACAUGCAGCCUUGCGCUAAGACUCUGGAAGCUAAGAACCAAUAUCCGAAUCGAAGCGCUAGGCGAUGCCACCCUCCACCGGUUCCAGAGCAUGUUUGGCGACAUGGAGGCGCAUCCAACAGUCGGUCUUUUGAAAGGUGAUAAGCGGUUCGACGGCCGCCCGAUUUGUGUGGUAGUGCGCCCGCGCAUUGUCUCGGAGCCAGUGGAAUCUGAGAAUCGCGGGAGAGGCAUUGUCUGGUCGCCUGCGCAGGUUUGGGUAUCUAAUUGGGAGGAUGCAGGCUAUUAGUGGAUGGUGGCGCGGACUAGUGAUUGAUAUCACCUUUUGGGUGUUCAGCUUGAAAUGCGGGUUUUGCUGUAGCGCGG